UUCUUUGGUGAUACCUCUCACAAUAAUUAAAAUCGAUACCCACAGUCUAAGCUAAGAGAACAUGUGUGAAAUUAAAAACAAAACAGAUGAUUCUAGUUCUAACCUUAAAAAAAAACUUAAUGUUAAAUUUAAACUUUUGAGGAAUUCAGGAUUCAGAGUCAGAGUCUUGUGUCUUGGUUAUAUUUUUGAAUAAGUAAUGAUUUCUACAUGAAAAAUAUUGCCAUUUUCACAAACUACCAUGUUUAGUGUUACAAGAAGAGUGCUUAAAAACUGUUUCAAUAAGCGGUUUAUACAAAAUCUACAAUCUCUAGAAGGAACUAUUGAAGGUACAAGUAAAAAUCACUCACCAUCACUACUUAUAAGUUGUAAGCGAAAAAAGUUAAACUACCAUGCAGGGGUUCAGUAUAAGAAAUUUGAUGAGGUACCUCUUGCUUCUAAGGGAUGGAACCAUUCAAAAUCUAAGGGAGACUUUUUCUUAAUAAAUAGGUUGAAGAAUGAAAAAAGUCAAAGAUAUUCUUUUGAUGAACUAAACAUUCACCCUAAAAUAAGAGAUGCUUUGAAAAUUGACGAGAUAAGGGAAUUAACCGAGUUUCAAGCAAGAUCUAUUAAUGAGGUAAGGAAAGGAUCUCACCUCCUCCUAGCAGCUGAAACUGGUUGUGGGAAAACACUUUCCUAUCUUAUACCGAUUAUUCAGGAUUUAAUCUCCAACAAAUCAGAAACUGCUAAUACACCAAAAGCAGUAGUUAUAGUGCCCAAUAGAGAGUUAGCUUAUCAAGUUGGAGAAAUAGCAAGACAUCUUGGCGAAGCUGUUGGACUUACUGUAAAAACUGUUGUUGGAGGAAAAACCAAGUCCUUAAUGAUGAAUCCUGUCUUUGAAGAUAUUGAUAUUUUGGUUGCCACCCCUGGGGCACUCGGCAAACUUUCUACAGUGGGAAUUUAUAAACUAAAUGAGGCAAAAUAUGCAGUCUUCGAUGAAGCAGAUACAUUAAUUGAUGAUAGUUUCAUAGAGAGAAUGGAAGGUUUAAUCAAAAGGUUACCCCAAUCCCAGUUCAUACUAGUAUCUGCAACUUUACCAAAAAGAUUGCCACCUGUAUUAGGACCAAUAGAACCAUCAUUAAGACAUGUUGUAUCUCCAAAUAUUCACAAACCUUUAUUAAACAUCAACCAGAAAUUUUUAAGGCUAACCAAAUCUAUGAAACCGUCACAUUUACUUCAAAUUGCAAAAGGCAACACAAAGCCGAUGUUAAUUUUUUGCAAUAAAAACGAAACCUGCAACUGGGUGGCUUUGUUCUUAAGAGAAAAUGGGGUAGACUGUUCGAAUAUUAAUGGCGAUAUGAACUAUGCGAUAAGGAUAGAUCAGUGGAAUAAGUUUGCCUCAGGAGAGACAAAAAUCUUGUCUGCUACAGAUGUGGGCAGUCGAGGACUUAAUACGAUACAAGUUGUACAUGUUCUUAAUUAUGAUUUCCCUCUGUAUGCUGCUGAUUAUUUACAUAGGAUUGGAAGAGUGGGAAGAUUAGGAAGCCCAGAAGCCUGCAAGGUUACUAAUUUUGUAGUAGGACCUCCAGAAGUUUUGUUAGUUCAACAGAUUGAGCUUGCUAUUAGAAGAAAUGAGGCCCUAGAAAAUGUAGAUGGAAAUAUAACAAAUAUUGUUCAAAGAAAAAUAGCCAGAAGUCAGAGGGAAAGUGCAUAAUUUAUUUUGUUUCUCAAUAAUCUAAGAUCAUAAAGAGGUUAAGAACAAACAGAAGAAAGAUUUACAUAAGAUAAUGUACGUCUAAAAGUUUUAAAUUCAACAUCAGUAAUUGUCUUCAAAUUAUUUUGUACAUAGCUAUAGGGCCGGUUGUUCGAACGCUAAUCAAAACUGAUCAUUAUCAAAUAUUUAAUUACAAUUAUAUUUGAUUAAGCGUACUUCUGACAGAUGUUGCAUUUUGAGGUUAUGUUGACUGAUUUAUUUUAUUAUUUUGGUUUUAAUUUAAAAUAAAACAUGAUUAAACUCUUUCUGAUGUUAAUUUCUUGUUUUUACUUACAAAUCAAUAAUAAUAAUAAGCAAUUUUUAAUAAUUUAAGAGCUGCGGCUAUAUUUUAAUUACUGUUUUACCUACAAUCAAUAACUGAUUAGUGUUUUACAUGUAUUUUUCAUGUCGCGAUUUGAUUCCCAUCAAGAAAAUUGAUUACAAUAAAUGAUUGAUUAUAAUCAACUUCUUGAUUAGCGUUCGAACAACCGGCCCUUAAUAAAUUACUUAAAAAAUAAAUAUUUUUAUUGAUUA